AUGCAGGACUUGCAUAACCAUCCGAGCUUUCCACUGAUCCAAAAUGCCGCCUCCUCGACUCGCGGCAUUCACGAAGCCCAAGCGACGAAAGACGACGACAAGGUCGACGACAAGGUCUUGCGACGGCGUCUUCAGUACAAACUCCAUCAACGUCGUCAUCGAGCGAAACAGAAGGAAAAAGCGGCUACGUUGGACCUGGACGUGCAACAGUUGGCGGUCGAGGUUGAGACACUUAACCGUAGACGGCAGACACUGUUACUGGAGGACAAUUGUUUUGCCUCAAGGGGCACGAUCGGAGGUGUUCCGGCUCGAACGGCCAUGGAAUACUUUCGGCUGUUUCAGCUCGGGGCGUCGCUGCGGCGUAUCGACCAGCAAGAGCAUUUCUUGCGGGUCAUCAUGACAGCAGAGACAGAAGGGCCGGAUUAUGUAGGUGUGGACACGAUCGUGACCCAGUGGCGCCGGUACUGCAACUUCUUUGCCUACACGAGGUACGAGCCACUAUGCAUUUGCAUCACGACUGUUGGCGACCUUACGGUCGUUGAGGCCGACAGCAUCUUCAGUGUCCGCGCUCGACGCGACGGCAUCGUUGCGCUCUAUCCGGCACUCAACGGCAACCCAGAGCUUACGCAACGACUGUCGGGGAACGUGAUCAACAUCCACGUCAAGUACUGCUUCACGUUCGACUCGGCUGGCUUUGUCACGUGGUUCGGUGCCGAGUGGGACCUCGUCGACGCUUUGCAGCGUACACUAGGCAGUCUCGAUGACGUGACGACGCUGCUGUCGAAUGCCAACAUGUCUUCGUCCACGGGCAAGAUUCUCAUCGAGGACAUGCCCGUGCAGGAGACGAAACCCCGCAGUGAUCCUCGACACGACGUGGACUAUCUGCUUUCGUAA